AUGGGAAGAAAAAAAUAUGUAUAUUUAGAAUUUUCAAUAAAUACAAUUAUUUUAGGAAAAGUUUAUUUUGAAUUAUUUAAUGAUGAAGAAAUAAAAAAAUCAACUGAAAACUUUUUAAACUUAUGUAAAGGUAAUAAAUAUCACAGUAUUUAUUCUGAUGAAAUUCUAUCCUAUAAAAAUUGUAAAGUGGAAAAAAUUAAAAAAAAUAAAUGUAUAAAAAGUGGAUAUUUAAGAAAUAAAAUAACUUAUGAAAAUAGAGUAAAUAGUAAUUUAUCAAAAGAAAAUAAAUAUGAAAAACUGGAAUGUAUAUAUGGAAAGUCGUAUAAAAAAGAAUAUUCAAAAAGAAGGCAUUUAAAUGCUGGGUUACUAACAAUGGUAGAAAUCGAAGAUAAAAAAUAUUCGUCUAUAUUUAAAAUUACUUUAAAUAAAGUAAAUAAAUAUAAUAAUAAAAAUAUAAUUAUAGGAAGAGUUAUUAAAAAUAUGCAUAUACUAAGAGCAAUAGAAAUAAUCCCUGUAACUAAGAAUUUUAUGCCUAAAAUAAAUGUUUAUAUUUCUGAUUGCAAUGAAGUAAGUGAAUCUUUUUUUAAAAGUGAUAAAAUUUCAUCAAGACAAUUAUAUAUUGAUAAUUUAUUUGCAAAUUUAAAUGAAAAAAAAACUAAUGACGAUGAUGAUGAGUUAGAGGUAGAGGCAGAGGAUGAUGACAAAUAUUUUGAUAGUAAUAAUGAUGAUUAUGUUUUUGGAAAAUUUCAAUCAAAAAAAAAAAAAAAAAAAGAAAUUACUGAAAAACAAAAAGGUAUUGAAUUGUUAAAUAAGAUUCUCUCAGAUAUAGAUAAUAUUUCUAAAAACAAAGUUCCUUUUAGGAAAAGCGGUGAAAUAAGUUUUGAUAAUUUGAAGGAAUGUAUAAAUAAUACCAAUGAAGAGAAAGUUUCAUCAGAUAAAAUUUCAAAACAAGAUAUAGUAGAGAAUGAAAGUGAAAAGGAAAAUAAUAAAAUAACAAAUAAAGAUAAUUCUCUUAUAUAUUCAUAUGAGUACAAUAACUUAAACAAACAAAUGUCAGAAAGAGAGAAAAAAUUGCUAAAUAUACAAUUAAAAAUUAAUCAAUCAAAAGCAUUAAAUCAAAUGGAAGUUCAAAGAGAAAAGUUAUAUGGAAAUUCUAACAAUCAAAUGAAAAAAUUCAGAGAAUAUUUACAAUACAAGCAAGAGAAAAACCUAACAAUUAAAAAUACAAUCCCUCAAGGAAAAAAUAAGAAUGAAUCUAAUAAAGAUAUAAAUAAAAAUAAAGGUGAGGAAAAUGAAGAAAAUAGAGAGGAAGAAGAAGAAGAAAAAAAAAAAGAGAUAGAACUAAAAGAAAAAGAACAAAAUGAGGAUAAUGAAAAAAAUAGUAAAAAUGAAAAAAUAGCUGAAAGUAGUGAUGAAGAAAACAAAAAAAAUUAUAAACUUUAUAAUACCAGUGCAGUUAAAGUAAAAAGUAUAAUGAAAAAAAAAAAGAAAAAAAAUGCUUUUGAUUUAGAUAAUGAUAUAGAUUUAUAUAAGAAAAUAAAAUUUAAUUUUUCUAUAAAUAGAAAAAUAUAUGAUGAAAAGAAAAAAUUGUUUGGUGAUAAUUUUUAUGGAAACAAUUUAUUAAUUAAUGAUAACUCAGUAUGUACAGAAAACGAUAAAAAUAAAAUUUUAGAAUUCUGCAAAAAACAAGAAGAAUUAAGAAGUAAAUUUAGUAGAAAAAGAAAUGAAGAAAAUGAAUUAUUUAAAAAUUAUAUUAAUAAAAGAAAUAAAAUAUACAAUAAAAAAUUAGAUCGUUAUUUUAAUAAACACACAAUAGAAAUAAGGCAAAAUCUUGAAAGAACAAUUUAA